UCUUCUGGCUCAACUUCUGCAGAAGCUGUUUUGGGUCCGCUGCUUGGGUCAAGUGUUGUUAUUCCUGCUGAUGUGGCAAGUCUGAGAAAGGAGGCGAAGAAACGACAGAGAGAAUUGAACGACUUGCGUGAUCGAUGGUGGAACCGCAAAGACGAUAUGUUGUGUUCGGAUUUAGAACAAAACGAUACUAGUAUCGUUCCACCUCCUCAAGCCGAGCCGGAAGCUGGUGUAGCAAACAUGAGUAAAAUUAUAAGGCUCAGCUUUCAUUGGUCACUGAGGUUGGUCACUGAGAUCGAAGGGGCCCCCUUCAGAGAACAGGGGAAAACAAAGGGAGAACAAGUAGAGGGGCAUGUGGCUCUUUUCUUUCCGCAUCAGUGACCAAUGAAUGUCGACGUUUAAGUAAAGAUGAGCAAGAAACAAGGAUUGGUCUUCCUCCUAGUCCAGCUCCAGAAGAGGAUAAGUUUCAUGGCCGUGAUGGGAGUGAUGUACAAGAACUUGUUAGUGACAACACCAAAACCAACGAGUUCCAGGAAGCAACAACCUGGAGAGCACAGGAAGAGGAGGAAACAAACGAACUGGGAGCAAUUGCCCAGGAUCGUAUAACAAGCGACGAUGUGAAUAACCACAACAUUGAUCAAUUUCAAGAUAAAAACCCGAACCAGCCGCGUGCACGUAGUAGAAGAACAGUUGCUCCAACAAGACCUCAAAUCGAUUUCGCUCAUAAAGGGUGGAUGCGAUUGAGGGAAGUGAAUUCCCCUGAAGGGUUGGAAAUGAGCCAGAUAGACAGUGCAGUCGGAGGUCUGGUGGUCUUAUGGCCCUGUACAGCUCAUCUUGGAUUCUCGAAGCUCAGGAACAGGAUGAAUGUUGAUUUGUAGUUAAAUCAACAAUGGAGGUAGCCGUAGCAAGAGAGCUGUAGAAUUCAGUCCCUCUAAUUUUUGUCGACGCACCCGAUGCAGACAAGAAAGACGAUGUCGCUGGUCCAUCAGACGAACAAGCAGGUUUAGGAGAACAAGUUUUGAAUCCCGGUCCAGAAAACGUUAACGUAGUUCCAAUUGUUCCUGAGCACGAACAGGACCAGGAUGAUGACGAAAUCGAAAGAGAACAACGACUGGAAUAGAGUUCUUCAUAUUCAACAGUCAAGUGCCAAAAUCGUACACUUGUGUUGCCCUAUUUUUUCGAGAGAAGUUUCAUGAUAUUUAUCACCAAGCAGUAGGAGUAAGCAGCUUUCAUGAUUGUACGAGUGAACGACCGAGUGAACAAGAUGAGGUAGUACCUCGUAAUAGUAUCCCGUGUGAGUCAUAUUGAGGAGUAUCCAACCAUGUAGUUCUUGAUCUUGAUGACGUCACAUUUUUGCCGAAGAAAUGCUCUUUUUCAUCUCUGCUUCUCGUUCCCCUGAAGAAGUAAUAUCUGUCGCACCUGU